AUGUCGAUUUUUAAGUUGGGCAAGCUUAUCAUGGAAGAAAACAUUGAUGAGCUAAGAAAUAUGCUAAAUAUUCAUCUUCUAGCUAAUUUUAUCAUGCCAAUUACCAUCCAAGGUUCAAAAUUUGAUCUGAAAUAUCCAACACCAUUGCAACUGGCUGCAUACUACGGAAAAAAUAAAUCUGUAAAGUUCCUACUAGAAGAAAAGGCUAAUGUUAACGAAAAAAGCCGAUCUUAUCCUCCUUUACAUUUAUCAUGUUUAAUUAAUGAUGUUGAAUCAAUGAGGAUGUUAAUUGAUGCUGGAAGUAAUAUAGAUUCAUCAAUGUUCCAAUGCGAAACACCUUUGCAAAUUUCAGUUCUAACUAGAUCAUUUGAUUGUGUAUGGGAACUACUUAAACUUGGAGCUGAUGUUAAUAGAACAAACCUUGAUAUUAUACCUGUUCCUCUUCAACUUGCAAUUGAUUUAGGAUUUCAUGAAAUUGUAGCUUUAUUAUUGCAAUAUAAUGCAUCUCAAGAUGGAAUAACCUUGGCUAGAUGUCAAAAGUCUGAUAAAAUCGAGAAAAUACUUGAAGGAGAAUAUAAAUCCGAUAAAUAUGAUCCUGAGAAAUUAAAGAGUAAAUACGGUUCAGGUAUUAACCUUGAUGCUCCUGAAUAUCAAUUCCCUGAUAUUCCUGAAGUUAAUAUUGAAGAAAGAUAUUCAUCAGAGGAAUUCAAAAAGGAACUUAGAGAAAAGAUUAAGAAUGGACCUCCGAAGGGAUUUUAG